AUGGAACAGGGUUCAUCGUCCUCAUCCUCGUCUUCCUCUGCAUCUGCUAAUAAUGGUGGACCCGACUCUCUCAACGCCUUGAAAUUCGGCAAGAAAAUCUAUUUCGAGGGCCGCGGGGGCACCGGGCUGAAGCCGUCUCCGGCGAAGAGGUUGAGGGCUGGGUACGUGCAGGGGGGGAAGCCGCCGAGGUGCCAGGUGGAGGGCUGUAAGGUAGAUCUAAGUGAUGCUAAGGCUUACUAUUCCAGGCACAAAGUGUGUGGUAUGCAUUCCAAGUCCGCAAUGGUAAUUGUUGCUGGGCUUGAGAAGAGGUUUUGCCAGCAGUGCAGCAGGGUAAAGUUUUCUUCUCGGUGGCUGGAUUUUUCAGAUAACCACCACAUUAGCAAAACCGGAGGCUUCAUGAUGGACUUCAGCAACUGCAUGCCCCCAUCCCUCACGGGAGGACUAACAACGAAACAAACCGCCAUGUCAGCAAAAGUCCAUCUCCCAAAGCUAAUAAGCAACCUACAAAACCCUCCGCCAUGUCAGCAUAGUCACUCUUCUCCUGUCGUGUCCGAAUGUCUCGGUGGAGUCCAAGACUCCAACAAUGCUCUCUCUCUUCUGUCAAAUCAGGCCCGUCUUGCGCCGAACAGCAAUUUUCUCGGUCAGCCGUCAGAAAAUCCCAGCACGGCCACUAACCACUUCAUUUGUCCCUCGUGGGGUUUUAAGGGCAACGAGGUUAAUAGACCUAAUGGCAGAGGCUUGAAUGGGAUGGCCCCAGAUUUGGGCUUGGGCCAGGCACCGAAUGGUGGGUACAAUGGAGAGCUCGAGUUGGGCCAGCCGAACGAUGGGGGAUUUCACGAGCUGGAUGUCCAUCAUGUGAAUUGGUCCCUUUGA